UUUGUUAUUGAUAUUUUGGUAACUUUUAUAGGGAUUUUCAGUGAAACCAUUUUCCCGGUUCUUGCAGAUUAAUAUGAAUACUAACCUUCAACAGAUUUACCCUCCGGUUAUGAUUUUUCCUUGAUCCUUCUUUUGUUUAUCUAAAUCUGUCUGCCUUAUCUGGUUUUUUUUUUUUUAUCUCCAACCAUUUGUUUGUGGUAAUUUUGGUUUUGGAUUCGCACACCAACUGUUCGAGGUUUUAUCUCAGAAAAAGCAACGUCUUUUUGUUUUUGUUACUUGUUAAUGAAGAGAAGAUCCAUAAUAACGUUAUCAUCUUCAACAAUCCGAUGUCAAAAAUUAGAUUCCAUGUUUGUUUCAGUAAGGCAAAUAUCAAGUGGAGGAAAAAGAUCAAAGAAGAAAAUAUACCACAGAGACCAUCAACUAGACAAAGUAAUGGAUUUGCAGAAGAAACCAUCUUUAAUUCUUCAGCUAAAGUGCAUUAUCCAAUCUCAAAAUCAUCAACGUCUUCUUCUUCGUGACCUCGAAAAGGAAGUUGGGUUUGUGGCAAAAUGGAACUUCAUGUCCAUCAUUGAGAAGUACCCUUCAAUAUUCGGUGUUGGUGGUGGCUGUGGAAAAGAACUCCCUUUUGUUACACUAACUGGAAAAGCCGAAAAGAUUGCAAGAGAAGAGGGUGAAGCAAGGAAUUUAAUGGAACCCAUUUUGGUUAAGAACCUAAGGAAGUUGUUAAUGUUGUCUAUUGAUUGUAGGGUGCCAUUGGAGAAGGUUGAAUUAAUUGGAAAUGAACUUGGCUUGCCUCAUGACUUCAAAAAGUCAUUGAUUUUCAAAUAUCCUGAAUAUUUUUCCAUCAAAGUUAUCAAUGGUAGAGCUUAUCUUAACUUGGAGAACUGGGAUUCUUUACUGGCAGUGACUGCUCGUGAGGAGAGAUUCGCACGUGAAAGGAUGUUGCAAUCAGCUGGUGGUCAAAAUAAGGUUAGGAUCACGAAAGAUGGUAACUAUCUUGGUCCAUUCGCAUUUAAAAUGUGUUAUGCUGCUGGUUUUAGACCGAAUAAGAGUUAUCUUGAGGAGCUUGAGAAGGGGCAGAAAAUGGAAUUCCCUUCUCCAUACUUGAAUGCGAGGAGAUUUGAAGUUGCAGAUCCAAAAACCCGAAAAAGAGUGGUGGCUGUGCUUCAUGAACUCCUCAGUUUGACCAUGGAGAAGAGGAUGACAUCUGCAAAACUGGACGCAUUUCAUUCAGAGUACCGAUUACCUUCCAAGUUAGUGCUAUGUUUGAUAAAGCACCAUGGUAUAUUUUACAUUACAAAUAAAGGUGCAAGUAGCACUGUAUUUCUUAAAGAAGCAUAUGAUGGUACAAAUUUGGUAGAUAAAUGUCCUAUCCUGAUGUUUAAUGAUAAGUUUGUUGCACUAAGUGGUAGAAAUGAGACCAGUUCAGGUAACGUUAUGAAAUAUACUUAGGUUGUUACUUAACAGAUGUGGGAUAAUACCACUUUGCAACCAUGUUAAUUUAUGAUGUCAAUGCAGUUGACAUGGGAGCUGAUAAUUAUAAAGUGUUUGAUGUGGAUGGAGAAAAUCAGGUAAGGUGGAAUUUUUUCUUAAUCUUUCCUCAUUGAUAAUGGAGUAUGGAUGGCACCAUUUUCUGCUAUGAGUUAUAUUAUUUGAUAAACAUUGAAAUCACUUAAAAACGGAAGUAGAGGCAGAAGCAGAUACAGCUUUCUCUACUCCAUUAUUAAAAGCACUCCAGAAUCGUAAACUUUUUAGUUGGACUAUCACUUUCAAUUGGACCUAGGUUGUAAAACUUUCACAUGUUUCUGCUGAGACGGAAGAAGGUUUUCUAGUGCGUUUGCCUCCCUACUUAACAUCAAAUAUUGAAGAAGUUUACUGCUAAACCUGCAGCAUAUUGUAUGGACUGUGGAGAUUAAUAAAUCCUCCUGGCUUUGUUAAUGGAAAGAACCUCAAUCAUUAAACUUCCGAUAAGGGUAGUUGCUCUUUUUUUCCCUCUCUCUGUUCCCAUCUCUCAGGGUUGGAGUGAGUCCUUCAAAAUACUACAUUCACUAAACAAGGCCUGACAACAAAGGCUGGAGAACUCUGGAUUAAGAAUGGCCUUCAAUUAAGGUGAACUGCUUAUGGGACCUCUUAUAAUAAAGGGAUCAAUUUGUGUGAGGCCUUCUGUAAAUGUAGAAACAGUUUCAAAGUGUAUGUUCAUUUAUUUUAAGUUUGUUUAGCUUCUAAGUUGUUAUGGAAAAUUCAUAUCAUUUACUGUUGGACUA